AGGGUCGGUCCAGAGAGGAUGUGCAAACAAGACUUGGCAUGCUAGAUGAUCAGUGGAGAGAGGACAAACUCUCAGAAGGUGCCAAGAUCAAGUUGGGAUGUCUUGCCUGUGGUAUGGAAAUAUUAUUUAAUAAAUUUAUGAAUAUAUAAUGAAGUGAUGGGUGGCCGAGUGGUCAAAACUAAGCCUAUCUCAAGUUCAUGAUCUGAAGUUCAGACCCCACCAAAGUCCAGUCAAGUAAAAACAUCGCCAGCACCCCAGGUGGAUGGGACUCGUUAACCUUGGAUGGCAACUCAUCUAAGAGAAGGAAAUUCUGAAUUCAAUCCUCAAGAUGGAGUCCCAUAAGUGGAUUACAAUGGCACAAUGAAACAUUCCCAAAACUCCUGCGACGCUACUGGUAUCAAGCUGUAUUACCCACAUGCUGUUCCCUUGGGUUAUCCAGCAGCGUGGAGAGAGGCGACUUGCUGUGUAUGGAUCCAGCUUAUAAUCCUAAACAGAAUAAUCCCAGGCCUUUAAGAUUUCCUCCUGCAAAGUCUACACCAUUAUCACAUUGUGACGGACGGAUGCGAACAAAAAGAAAAAAAAUAUAUAUAUAUUUUUAUAUAUAUAUAUAUAUAUAUAAUUUAUAUAUAUAUAUAAUAAAGUAUUUUCUAUUUUAAUUUUUACCUUCAACUAUGAAUGCCAGUAAAUGAGUUACAUUACUAACAUCUAUUAUGACAGCUAUUAUAAGCUGUUGUAAGCUUUUGAAGAUAAUUUUAAAAUUGUGAACUGUAUUUUCAGCUCUUAAAAAUAAAGAUCUCAAACAAGCAGAUAAUUUACACCUUGCCUUGAUGGUUGAUCACAUUUCAGAGGUAAAUUUGUGCAUAGUUAUACCAUUUGAGUUUGUAACAAUGAUUCACUUGGUCUUUCAUGGAGAAUUUUAUGCGAGGAAUGAUAUCACUGAUUGAGCUUAACAUCUGUAAGGAAUUAUUGCAGCUCGAAAAUAAGCUGUUGUGUAAUUUUUAACAAAGCUGUCAGCACUGUUUAACACAUUUGGCUAAAUAACUCCCAAUGUACUGUUAAGAAUAUUAGUAUUAGGCUAAUUUUCAUAUAAUGAUUUGUGAAAAGUCCUUAAGAAUGUGGCCCAAAAUUUAUUAUAAAGCAUAUUUUUUAAAACUCUAAGAUGAUAUGGCUCCUUGAUUGUAGGUAAGUCAAUGGAUGGUUGGAGUAAAACGUCUCAUCAAUGAACUGAAACUCUCAGCGUCCUCGUCUGCCACUCCCAACAGCAAGAAGGUAGCUGCACUGUCCAGUAUAGAAUCUGUGGCGGACACAAGACAAGUCCCAGGGGCAGUUUUCCUAGAUACGGAAGAGCUGUCCACCCUUAAGCCUGUACUAAUGCCAGAAGCACUGGUGCCAGGAGUGGGCGUCGUUGAAACUGAUGAAGGUGCGCCACACAGUGGAGAGGUGUCUGAACCCAAACAGCUCCAAGAACAAGAGAAAGCCACUGGUAAUACACAGUCCAGCAAAAGUAGAUGAUAGGCUAAGUCGAUUUUAGACUGCAGGCAUUCAUGUGUAUCUAAUCACAUGUGAUACUAUUUCAUGUACUUAUAAGAUGUUUCUCAUAUGGGUUUACCAUAGGCUAAAGACAACAUUUCUUUAGUACCAUUAUUGUCAUUCUUAAGCUGGCCACACCAGUGCUUGCCAAUAGGUCCAGACUUUUCAAGCAUAUUUUUACUUUGUCUAUCCAUUUGUGGUUUUGAAGACAAGGCUUCUAAAGUGAUACUUGAUGUAUUCCUAUCUUGGCCAAUGCAUUAAUUUUUUUUUAAUUCAAUUUUUUUUUCAAUUUGAGUGUCCGUGAUAUUUAUCCUCACUUACUAGAUUAAGGGCCUACAAACUAGUGAGUCAAAAUAUGUAAAUUUAUUCCUCCUCUCUAUCUCAGCCCAUUCCUAAAAUGUCUGUGUCAGGGAAUCGACAGAGGUAUCCAUAGUUCACCUGCAUCUAAAAAUUGUGUCAUCUCUCCCUGACUGUCUUGUGACAUAGAUUGGUAGGCCAUGCACCUUACAAGUUACAUCCAAAUUCUUCUAAUAGUAUAAAAUAAUAAUAAUCUGUUUGAAAAAGAGGAAAUUAACAAAAAUAUUUACUAGUUAAAUCAAGUUAAAUGCAAAAUACAUAAAGGCUCAUGUGCUCCUACAGUUGAGUGGGCACAUGUGCUCCUACAGUUGAGUGGGCACAUGUGCUCCUACAGUUGAGUGGGCACAUGUGCUCCUACAGUUGAAGGGGCACAUGUGCUCCUACAGUUGAGUGGACACAUGUGCUCCUACAGUUGAGGGGGCACAUGUAAUCCUACAGUCAAGGGUUCAUAUGGCGCCCUCAAUGUGGACACCCAUAGUACAUUUGCCUUUUGGCCUGCAGCACCUAAAGUUUAUACAGUUUGAUCCUUCACUCUGCAUUAGAUCACUCUAACAAAGUUAUCAGAGGAAUUCUUCCAGUAUUACAGAAAAUAUCAGAAUCAUAUAUUAUAGGUACCAAUUUAUAGUUUGCCACUUGAGCCAAACAAAAACAAUGUCUAGUAUACUUUAUCUUGGUAUUCUUUCGCCUUUAGUCUCACAACUUCACUAAAAAUCCAUAUCACAAGGGUGGCUGUAAGGCUUUCAUAUUAACAAAUAAAAACGUUUUGUAAAUUCACCAUCGCAGUUGUUUUAAAAUGCAUUCAUGUUAUUUUUGGUUGUUGUUGCUUUCAUUUCAGUCUCCAUGGACACAAACCUGUUGAUACAAACACAAUUUUGUGUUGCAUGAUUUCAGCAUUAAGUUCUCAGUGUGAUACAUUUUGAUUUCCAGAGUUUUAGCCAAGUUCAUCUUUCAUUUGUAUUACAUUGUCCAUGAUAUCUUUUAACAUAUAGUUGUGUUACUAGGGCAAGAGGCAGAUUUAAAAUUAACAUAUGAAUAAAAUUGUUGAAUAUUUGGUAUCCAGAUAAUGCAUAGCUUAUAAAUCUACUAUGCACUGUCUAAAGUUUUUUUUUUUUUUAAUUUUUAAAAAUAUAAAUGAUUCAAUGUUGUGAUAAAAUAUUGGGGAUAGAUAGCUAUGAAUUUGUACAUACAAAAAUAUCAUUUUAUUUGGUGCUAACUUGAUAUUUUAUUGAUUUUUAAUUUACUUUCUGCUACAUCAUUAGUACAUAUAUUUUACGCUAAUUAGCUACAGAUAUAAAUUAUGUAAACAAUAUAUUUAUAAUUGUGGAUUUCGUGUUAAAAAUUAUUUCAAUGUUAAAUUCUUUACUUCAUGGCAGAAAUCAUCUUGAACUUUUUUUAAAGUUAUUUCUAGCUGUGGUUAAUUCAUGUUUUGAGAUGGGUAAAGUAGCAGAGAUUUCAAUAAAUUUGUCCACAUCUGUUGGUGGCUCCUAGACUUUAGGGAUUGGCUGCUAAAUGUUAGUUACUCUGUCAAUGUCGAUCAAGACCAUUUUAAUCAUCAGAUUCGUGCUGGGUCUGAGUCUGCGAUCGGGUAACUGAUUCUGACACGAAAUGUUCUUGUUCAGUAAGUGUAAGGGAUUGGUAGGACCAGGUGCAGAAUCAACCUGAGCUUUUCUGGCUUGUCUCUUGUGCUCUGCAUCAGCUGUUCUGUUGGCUUAAUGUCGCAUAGAGUUGGAGCCUUUGUGUAAAGAGGAACGCUACGUGUCCAAAUUUAUAACAAAUGCUACUAAUAGAUGACUAAAUCAUGUGUCUGGAUGAAAAUUUUUAAAUUAAAAUUUAUCAACCAGCAUAUUUGUUUCUUAUUUGCAUCAAUGUGAGAAUUGAAUUACUUUUUUUUUAAAUUAAAAAGGUCCAUUGAAGAGGUUUUAUUUUAUGUCAAUAAAGCUUUAAUAUAUAUUAUUAUUUGAGCUAUAAAAAAAAAACUGUUAAAAACAUUCUUUAAGAAGCAAAGCUGCUCCCUAUACUAAUGCAUGUGCCAUUAGUUCAUUAACUACUCUGAUAUAUGAAAGUGGAUCAAGACAAUCUGUUGUCAUUAGUAGAUGACCCACUUAUUUAUGUUAAGCUAAAGUCGCCUGGCCACAAGACAUCUUUUAAGAAGUUGAUUGUAAUACUCCUGUCAAAAAUAUGCUGGUCCUUUUCCAUUUAAACAUUAAACUAAUUAAGUGAAAACUUCAUGAAUCAUGGUUAUCAUUAUUAUUAGCUGUCUGUAUUUGAAAAAAAAACCUAGAUUUUUCACGAUCACAUUAAAACAAAGCCAUGUCAUCCAAUUAACAGGCAGUUUGGCUUAUGUUGAUUGUUCAGUAAUUUAUUAACACUGUUGUAUAUAAGUAUAUAAUAAAACUCUUCUUUUUAUGUAUUUAAUAUGAAUUGUAUGGAGGGCAUACACUCAACCAAGGUAAAAUAUAUCAAUAUAGAAUCGUUCCUUCAUAAAUUAUUAUUUGGGAUGAAUAUUUAAUGAUUUGUACUUAAUAGUGAUGGUGCUGGUUGAUGAUGGUUUCUUUGUAUUGUAUUGGUACAUGGUUAAUAUUUUUAUACUUUAAGGUACACUAAAAAUUCAGUGUAAAUUAAUAAUAUCAAACGUGAUAUUCACGAAUGGAAAAUAAUUUGGUUUAGUUUUUUUACCAUAAAUAAAUAGUAUGUGUUAUCUUAAUUAUUUGAUGAUGACCUCCAUAUCAAAGCUGUUAAAUUUUAUAGGACUCUUUGCAGUGGCGUAGCUGGGGACUUUGGGGCCCGGGGGGGCUUGGCCUCUUUAGGGGCCCCUGCAUUUUGACAUUAGACAUUAUUUAAUGUAAAAAAAUUUUGGACACGCCUUUGGGGGCCCCCCUCAAGUAGGGGCCGGGGGGACUUUCAAAUUUGGACCCCUCCCCUAGCUACGCCACUGACUCUUUGUAACUCUUUAAAUCCAAUUAGUGACUUUAUUUUUUAAAAAUAAAUUGUCUGUUCCAUUAACAAAGAAAUUUAAUUCAUCAUAUUAAAGUUGUCAAAGUUUU